CGGAUUUUUACUUGUUUUUUGGGGGGGGGACGCUACGCGUGAUGCCCCCUCCCAUCGCCACCCCUUCCCCCGCCAUGGCCGCGACUGCGCCGGGCGGAGGCCAUCGGCGAGAGGCUCUCGUCCUGCGCUUCAACGCCGGCGCGCGGGAGGCGGCCGAGAGGCGCCUCGAGGUGGAGGCCGCCGCCCUGGGGGCCGCACGCAGCCAGGCGGAGGACCUGCGCUGCGAGCUCGCCGAGUGCUCGGCGGAGAAGGAUGCCGCCGCCUCGGAGCUGGCCGCGGCGCGCGUGGACGCGGCGGAGAAGGGCAGGACUGGGCUGCGCCAGGCGAGGAGAUGGAGCGCAGCGCUGCGCCAGGAGCAACGGCCUGCCUCGACUUCGGCCUCGACCUGUGCCUCGACGUCGGCCUCGGCACCGAGGCGGCCGCGGCCGCCGACGCCGCCAGAAGCGGCACCGCCUGCCGCUUCCUCCCACGGGGCGGCGAUCGGCGUCGACGCGAGCCCCGACCUCCGGGCCCCGGUUGGGGACCCCGCGCACCCGCCGCCCGCCCGCAGGGCAAGCGGCGGAGGCGGGCCGACGCGCCGGCGCCAGGGCAGGGCACCGGCCUGGGCGCCUCCCGCGGGUUCCUCUUCGCGAGGUGCAGCGGGCACCGAGAGGGCGCCCGCCCGGACAGGUCGACCGAGGCAGAGGGGGUUCACUCGGCAUGGGGCACGCGGGUGCACCGGUGCGUUCCCCAGUCGCUUUCGCUGAUCGCCGUGCGGCUCGCUCUUAUGCGUUCGGUUGUUUGUGGACGUCGACGUGCUGCCCCGCUGGGGCCCCCUCGGAGUCCGGUGCCGUGCGCACGCGGCCUGCCCCUCUGGCGCAGCUUUCACGAGAGGGUGUUCUGCUGAAGGAUGUUCUGCCCACCCCCGGAGGUACAGCGGGGCGUGAGCGCCUGCGCUUGUCGACUAGACGUAAGAC